UCGAUAAUAAUAUUGAUGAGAAUUGAUUUAAAGCAUGAGUACCCCUCAGAAUGCAAGGACAUCUAUGAUAAAACCAUUCAUCCUUUGAAUUCUCAGUGGAGAAAUUCACAAUGCCUGGACUGCUUCUGCAAGAAAGAGUUCAUAAAAUGCUGUACAAGGCCCACACCAGUAUCAUAUCCAACUGAAUGUGAAAAAGUUUUUGAUCAGAAAACCUGCGAGUAUACUGUUGUCAGAAAAGAUGAUCCAAGUGUCUCCUGUCCGGUUUAUGGAGCAUCUGGGAAAUAAGUGAAAUGCUACUUGGGACUCUUUGCUUUCUUAAGAAUGAAAGUAUAUCAUCAGUGAUUAAAACUAAUGAUACAAAUAGAGUGGCUUGUCAAAUGUAAUGUUUGGAGUAUGACACCCAAAAAGAAAAAAAAAAAAAAUCAGUAUGAUACAUUCACUUUAGACUACAAAAUUUACAUCACUGUUUGCUGUUUAGGUCACAGGGACCCUGAAUAACAUGCAAAAAUCUGAACAUAUUUUGAAAUCAGGCAUAUAUUAAAAUAUAAUAACAAAAUUAACAAUGUGCCUUUUAAAUAUGUUUUAAGUAAAAACAGCUAUAUAAAAAUAAUUUAUUGACAUGUGAUCUACAUUUAAUAUCCUAUUACUGAAUAUAAUAAAAUGCGGUUUAUAUUUCAAUAGUGGGUUCCCACUUUUCUCUGAACCCCAUUAUGCUCUUUUUGGAAAACUAAAUUUGGAGUUUCUUUUGUUUUGUGGAAUAAUAUGGGCUUUUGUUGAUUAGAUGUUGUCUUAUCCCUGUUAAACACUCUGAAACAUUGCAUCAUUCAUUUAUUCAGUUUUAUAAAAAAAUAAUCACAUACACACACACACACACACACACACUCACACAUGCAGACUCACACACUCACACACACUCGCACACGCACACUCAUACACAUAAGUGCACAUGUACACAUACUUGCACAUGUGUCUUUUGGCAUACCAAUGGGAAAAGUUUAUCCUGAGCUGGGAGGUCUACAGUGUCAGCUAUGGUUGUUUAGGGGAAAUGUAUAUUAAUAGUACAAUAAACAAAUAUUUAUAUAUCUUCAUUUAACAGAUCUGUUUCUUAUGGUUAUCAAAAAUUUAUAUGAGAGUAACUUAUAUAAUUGAAUUUUUAAUUUAAUAAUGUAAAAAUGUAUGCAAUUUGAAUGUCAAAUUCUGAGCUAUAGCUUUAAAUUAACCCUCCCACCACCAACAAUGCCUGACCCUUAUCAUUUUCUGAUCCCUUGCAUCUCUCUUCCAUUCCUCUAAUUUCACAGUUUUCAGAUUAAUAAAAGUGUAUUGUAAAAGCA